AUGGCACCGAAGAAAGCAACAUCCAACUUACCACAUCCUUCUCCCCUUGUUGAUGCUGAAGGUUCGAGACCUGUGGUCGUGCGGCCCAGUCGCUCAACUGCGAACAAAAAUCCCGCUGGUCCCGUCAUCAAUGCCAAGCAGAAGAGACGCAUGCAAGCUGAGAUACAAGCAGACAAAAAAAGAAAAGAGCUUGAGAAAGCACAGAAGGCCGAGCAACGGACUGCAUCAAUUCAUCGGAUUGCUGAGAGGGAGGAUUCUAUGCGACGGGAAGAUGGAAAACGUCAGUCAUUGCGUCCUGAUCUUCAUCUGAUCAACGUACCUCUUGUGCAUACUUCCAUAGUGCAGAAGGCGAUCCACGAUUCGGCUAUCAGCAGCAUCGAGGAAGGCGAGGCUAAGGCACCCACAUUUGCCGGAGCUAGCCCAGAGCCUUCCAUACCUCCAGGAUCUGCUUUCGACUCAGAGUCGGAAGGUCAGGUUGAUGAUGCUGGAGAGACAGAAAUCGACAUUGCUGAUUCUGCUGGAGAUAGCGGGGAGGAUCUCGACUACAUCGCACCAAGCGGUGAUGCCGAGGAUGAGGAUGAGGAUCUUGGGAAUGACUCAGACUUUGAUGUCGCAAUGAUUACGGGGGAACUCGGUGGGAUUGAUGCUGGUGAUGAAGGUGCAGAGGAUAUUGGUAUGGAGCCUGCGGGCUUGAGCCGCUCCAUGAAAGGAACAUGGAAGAAAUUCUUGGCUUCGGAGACUGCUAGGAAGGAGAGAAACAAGAAGAACAAGACAGCACUUAGAAGUCAAAUUAUCGACAAACGCAAGGAAGCGCCAACAGCGCCAGCACGCGGCGCUUCAUCAAUGGCGACGAAAUGCAAGGCCCCUGCCAGCGAAAAACUUGCACAUGAGAACAAGUGUGCGAAGGCGGUGGAGACUGGUGGCUUAAAGCCGGGCUGGAGAAGAUAUUUAGCUCGUUCUGAUAACUCCUCAAAAACCUCACUCACUCACGGUGGGGAAUCAGAUGCGCCAAUUGAAGGGGAAUUCGACAAGGACGAGGGUACUGAAGUGUUGCACGCUGUGCGUGCAACUCGUCAGACCGACGAUACCCAACGUGAAGGUUCCACUGCUACGAAUCUGGUCAAGAUCAAACCAGUGGGCAUCGUCUUGAAGCCUGCAGCCAUCGCGGAGAUUGAUAAGAAGGAACGCGGAGCUGGGCGUGUGAACAAACAAGCUGCCACAAGCUGGUCGAACAAAGACCUACCUUUCCCAGCGGCACGGGGAAGGCAGCUUCUUGUCUGGCAGCGAAAAUUCAUCCCGACACUUAUUACCUGGGCUGCUACUCUCCCCGACCCUUUCGGUUCCAAUAGCCACUCAGAUUUCAAGAGUACGGUAAGGCUGAUCUGGACGAAGAUUUUUAUUGACCUGCCGGAACUCGACGUUGAUGGAAAACUACGAUCUGAGCACCCCGCUAUCCACGCUGUGGCCCAGGCGGCACUCCGCACUUAUCGUAGCGACAUUGGUAAAACGGCACUACGGAUCAUUGACACCAUUUGGGAGUCCGUGGAUAUGGUGGGCAACUACACCACCGUUGAGCGUAGGAAGGCCUGGAUAGAAGCACGCCUAAACAACAAGAACUUCUUGUAUCUAGACCCUGAGUCCACGGCGCAUCCGGGCACUUUCCGUGGCCCUCUAAUCACGGAAACAUUUGCCUACCACCUUCAACUCACCAUAAAAAGCGAGGUGGAUUAUGGUGAGCCCACAGGAGCGCUUGCGUUGUGCACUGCCGCGGUACAGCGGGCACUCACUGUAUGGAAGGACGGGAUGAACUCGCUGAAGGAGCCCGAUGGCAGUGCACGUCAUGGUGGGGCGAGGAACUCCAAGGAAAGCUUCAAAGAUGAGCCGUGGGGGAAUGAGGCAAAGAUAUACUACAAUCGCACGAAGGGCCUGAAGGAGCCUAAGUGGCACGCAAUCUGUCAAGAUGCACAUGCACAUCUGCAACGCAGGAACAACAACCUCACGAUCGAUCUGACAGCAGACUCCUCCGAAGGUGGUGCCAACGUUGAUGAUGACAUCCGCAUGUCGGACGAUGAUGACUGA